AUGGCAUCCAAGGCACUCGCAAUCAUCGCAGGAGUUGGUCCUGGCACGGGCGCAUCAAUUGCGCGGAAAUUCGCAAAGUCCUACUCGGUUGUAGUUCUGGCUCGAAACCCGGACAACUAUAACCCAGUCGUCCAGGAAAUUAAUGCCAGCGGUGGCCAGGCCAUCGGCAUCAGCACCGAUGUCUCCAACUCACAGAGUGUCAACGCCGCUUUUGACAAGAUUGUCGAGCAAUACCCAUCUCAAAAGGUGGCGGCUGCGAUAUUUAACCCCGGUGGUGGCUUUGUUCGCAAACCAUUCCUUGAGUUGACAGAAGCGGACUAUUCAACUGCGCUCGCCUCACAAGGACAAGGCGCUUUCAAUUUCGCGCAAAGGUCCAUUCCGUUGCUUCUUGAAGCCCGUGGGGCGUCCGAGUACCCGCCUACCCUCAUCUUCACUGGAGCUACUGCCAGUCUCAAGGGCUCAGCCAACUUUGCGGCCUUUGCUUCUGGCAAAUUUGCGUUGCGCGCACUCGCGCAGUCCCUUGCUCGUGAGUUCGGUCCGCAGGGUGUUCACGUCUCGCACACCAUCAUCGAUGGUAUUAUCGAUAUUCCUCGAACCAAGGCCUGGGUUUUGGAACACGAGGAUGCCAAGUUGAACCCGGAUGCAAUUGCGGACUCGUAUUGGCACUUGCAUACCCAGCCACGGACAACGUUCGCUUUUGAGUUGGAUCUGAGACCCUAUAUUGAGAAGUGGUAG